AUGUUUACGUUUUCUGUUGUCAGAUGUCAAACUCCACCUUGGGGCUCUGUUCCUUAUUUUGUCAUAAUUUCCGAACUCUCUGUUAAUUUCUUAACAAAAAUAAUUGAAAUAAAGAUCCCUCUCUUUCUCUCUCUCAAUCUAUCUAUCUAUCUAUCUAUCUAUCUAUCUAUCUAUUCUGUAGAUAGGCGUCUGCAACAGGCAUUGGAUAAUCACCUUAACAAACGGGCAUUAUCUAUCUAUCUAUCUAUCUAUCUAUCAAAUUUUUCUAUACACAUCUAUUUACUUUAUCAACGGUUAGCGAAUAACCCGGAAUAUACAUUAAUGAUUUCCUUCUGUCCACCAGUCUAUCUAUAUUCUCUCUUCCCUCCUCUCAUAUUACUAACUCACAUUUUUACAUUAACCACUUCAAUUCCACCAGUGUCACAUAUCUAUUUAUAUACGCGCAACUGCCCUUUGGUUUCUUUCUUUCUUUCUUUCUUUCUUUCUUUCUUUGUUUCUCCCGGCUCCAGACCAACUCCGCAACCCGAAUUUUGCCGUGAGCAAAAGAUCUGGCCGAAAUUAUCCACAGCAACUCUUUUUUUUUUUUUUGGACGACCCAAAGGUAGAUGCACGCACUUUUUGAGUCGCUUCCACUGCACCGAAAUAGACAUCGAAGACAGAUUUCCUUGGCUGACGUGUUUUAUUUAUUUUGCUUUCUUUGAUUAA